CAGGAUUAUCAGGCAGCACAGGCAGGGUACUUUGCACUCAGGUGAGUGAAAAGCAAGGUUUUGUGUUUGUUUUCUAAACUUCAGGAUCCAAUUGUGAAACACAGUUUAGAUCAAUGGCAUGGAUUCCAUAGUCCCGUCAGAGGGGAACUGAAUAUUUUUUGGGCCUCAACACAAGUGAAGGAUCCUAGGAGAAUGCUGGAUUCAGCAGCAAAAAGUUUGUUACAGCAGUCCUAUGAAUGUCUACUCAGAGGUAAGUCCUACUGAAUUCACUCGGGCUUACUUUCGGGUAAAGUGGCUUUGGAUCACAGCCAUACUAUUUCACUCUGGCACAGGGAGCUGGUUUGUCCCCCUGCAGCCAAGCAGCAGUGAUCAGUAUGGCAGUGUGAGGUGCAAAUGGGAAUAUGCAAUGUAGCUAGCAAGAGGUCUGAAAGCUAGCAUAGAAUUGCUUUGAAGAAAGGCUGUGGAAACAGAUACCGUAUAUCUCAUUAGAAGCUACUUGAAUCCAGGCAGAGCUGUCUAGCUGCAUCCUUGCUUGUCUCAUCGUUAACUGUGACAUCUGGAGCCUCUGACUGCACCAAAACAGCUGCAAAUAAGGGGAUAGGACAAAAUACCAAGGCUAGUUAACAUAGCUGGAUUUGAGGGGAAACAAGCAGCAGUGUGGGUGACGAAGUAAUUUUAGGGCAUGGACUUAAUGGUCUUAUCCUCUGCACUCUGUUUAGAUUGCAGUGUGUAUUACUUCAGUUGUGAGACACUCACUUCACAUAACUCUUCCUUGCUGGUCUCCCUGCAGUCAUUUCAUGCUUUACAAUCGUUUUACAUUCCUGAUACGUUAGGGCAACAAAUGAACAAAAAGCAGUUUGCUAACCCUGAUCAGAAAGAAACACUGCAGGUGCCUGCACUUUUGCAGUUUAAAUGCCCUCAAAUUAUAGCAAAUUUGUUUAGGGAAGCUUUUAAUGUUUGACAUAUUACUGUAUUUUAAUAUUUUUUUGGAAGCCGCCCAGAGUGGCUGGGGAAGCCCAGCCAGAUGGGUGGGGUAUAAAUAAUAAAUUCUUUUUCUUCUUAUUAUUAUUAUAGCACAAUCACAUAUUUGGGUAUAAAAUGGUAACUUCUACUGCUCUAGUGCUCAAUACAUUUCUUUGGAAAGAAGCACUAUUUUGUUGUAGAAAAGGAUAAUAUACAUUUAAAAUAAACAUAAUACAUGGACAUCUGAAACCAUGUACAUGUCUAGCCAGCCACACUGAGCUAAAAAAUCAAGGAAGGAAGGAGAGAUACUGUGGUGACCUGCCCCAAUCCUCCUCCUUCUCCUCCUUCUUCUUUAUUGAAUUUAUAUACCGCCCUAUACCCGGAGGUCUCAGGGCGGUUCACAGAAAAGAUCAACAUAAAAAACAAUAUAUAUACAACAACCCAAUAACAUUCCACCCCCUAAAAAGACCCACAUUUUAAAAAGGGAUAAGAUGUCAAUCAGAUCAACCAAAGGCCUGGUUAAAAAGGAACAUUUUUACCUGGCGCCUAAAGGUGUAUAAUGAAGGCACCUGGCGAACUUCCCUAGGGAGAGCAUUCCACAGACGGGGAGCCACUGCAGAGAAGGCCCAUUCUUGUGUUGCCACCCUCCAGACCUCUCGAGGAGGCGGCACAUGAAAAACGACCUCAGAAGAUGAUAUUAGGGUCCUGGUAGGUUCAUAUAGAAAGAGGCGGUCCUUGAGGUAUUGUGGUCCUGAGCCAUUUAAGGCUUUAUAGGUCAAAACCAGCACUUUGAAUUGAGCCCGGAAACUAAUUGGUAGCCAGUGCAGUCAAACCAGUAUUGGUGUAAUAUGAUCAAACCGUAGUGCUCUGGUGAGCAGCCUGGUUGCUGAAUUCGGCACAAGCUUAAGUUUCUGAACCGUCUUCAGAGACAGCCCUAUGUAUAACUCAUUGCAGUAGUCUAACCUUGAGGUUACCAGAGCAUAGGCAACAGUAGUUAGGCUAUCUCUGUCCAGAUAGGGGCAUAGCUGGGCCACCAGCCGAAGCUGAUGGAAGGCACUCCAGGCCACUGAGGCCACCUGAGCCUCGAACGACAGCCAAAGAUCCAGGAGUACCCCCAAGCUACAAACCUGCUCCUUCAGAGGAAGUGUAACCCCAUCAACAGCAGGCAAUCUCCCACCCAUCCAGUCUAGAGAACCCCCCACUAACAGUGCCUCAGUCUUAUGUGGAUUGAGCUUCAGUUUGUUGGCUCUCAUCCAGGCCAUUACUGAGGCAAGACACUGGUCCAGCGCUUUUACCGCCGCACCUGCAAAUGUAAAGGAGAAAUAGAGCUGAGUGUCAUCAGCAUACUGCUGACAACAUACUCUGAAUCUCUGGAUAACCCCACCCAGCAGUUUCAGAUAUAAAUUAACCAACAAGGGGGAUAAGAUUGAGCCCUGCAGAACCCCACAUUGAAGGUUCCAUGGGGCUGAAGAGCAUUCCCCAAGUAACACCCUCUGGGAACGACCAUCCAAGUAGGACUGGAACCGCUGCAAAGCGCUGCCACCCAUCCCUAGUUUGGAGAGUCACUCCAGAAGGAUACCAUGGUCGAUGGUAUCGAAAGCCGCUGAGAGGUUGAGAAGAAUUAACAGGGAUGUUUCCCUUGUCUCUCUCUCGACAGAGGUCACCAUACAAGGCAACCAAAGCAGUUUCUGUGCCAAAACCAGGCCGAUUGAAAUGGAUCCAGAAAAUCAGUUUCUUCCAAAAGCACUUGGAUCUGGUCUGCAACCACUUGCUCCAGAACUUUGCCCAGGAAAAGGAGAUUAGCAACUGGUCAGUAGUUAGUUAGGUUUUCUGAAUCCAGGGAAGUAUUCUUAAAGAGUGGUUUUACCACUGCCUUCUUCAAACAGGUAGGAACCACCCCCUCUCGUAAGGAGGCAUUGAUUACCUCCCUGGCCCAGCCAGCUGUUCCCUCUCUGUUGGUUUUUAUUAGCCAAGAGGGCAAGGGUCUGGUUGCUCUGACUGAUGGUGCAAACAAGGCAAAUGUUAGCCUUUAACCUCAUUAUCUGUCACUUUCUGGGUACUGGUUUGGGAGCCCCUGGAGUUUGGCCUUCAAAUCCAGCCCAAGCCACAUGUAAUGAUCUCUGGUAGGCAAGCAAGCCCUGAUAAGAAGGAAUGACUCUCCGGCAGUUUUAUGUACGUAAGUUUAUUUUAAAAAAGACACAUCCAGAGCACAGCUUCUCGCCUGCUUGCAUUUACGAUAGUUGGCCAGUCUGAAUCUUCGUCCAUCCUGCAUCAGGUAGGACGCCAAACUCCCGCCUUUUCCCUCUUGCCCUUCCAUUGCCCUCUGAUCUUAUCCAGUCACCUCGAACGGGGACUGAGAGGCUGGCCUCCCCACUUCCACUCAACACAGACUCAGACCGCUGCUUAUCUGCUGAUUGCCUAGCAACGCUCUGGCUGCCUUCCAACUCUUCCUCUUCUUAGAGCUAACAGAGUCUUCCCUGGGAAGGGGGGGGGUUCGAACUGCCCUUUCUCGACUCUGUCAGCCAGCUCUCAUCUGCAGAGUCGGUCCCUCGUCCACUUAAUUCAAUUUCUGAGUCUAACUCUUCCCCUGCACUCUGGGAGUCCACCUUCCUGAUACCAUACCCCUGGAAGUGAUAUGGUAGGUUAGCAAACUUAUUUGUUAGCAGAAAGGUCCAGACCUUUCCUGGCUUCCUGAAUUGGAAUAUGCACAUGGUGCCAUAUAUGGAAAUAGCUGACCAUUUGCUCUGUGAGUUCUGGAGGGUCAUUCACACAAACUCUUGCCUUAUUUGAAUAUAGCAAGAAAAGGUAGUCUUUGUAGUUGAAAAGCGAUUGCAUGAAACAGACUUGAAUGUGGUUCCCAUUCUUACAUCAGGUAACACUGAAUUCUUAUGGGAGCACUUCUAAACACACUUACGAGAGAGAAAGUCCUAUUAAAUAUAGUGGGACUUAACUUAUUCUGAAUAAACAUGUACCGUUUUGCUUGUAUGCAACUGAAUGGUUGAAUUUUUGGACCAUGUUACUUAAUUUACUGUACUCGGCUACUAUACAGGCAGCCCCCACCACCUUAUGUGGUUACAUUCCAGGACCUUGGGUGCGUAAGUGAAAUAAAGUGGGCAGCACCCACUAAAAUGUUUCCCCUGCUCUUCAGAUCUCUCUCCCUCUCUCUCGCCACACAACUCUCUCUUCAACUACAGUUGAAACUUUGGGGCCAGUUGGAGGCUGAAGGACGUGUGGGAAAGUGACUGCUGCUGUUGCUGCUCUACGCUGUGUAUCAGCUGUUAGACGGGGAAGCUGAGCAGCCUAAACAAAGGCCCGGUGUACCUCCAGUCUAUUUGGGGCUUCCUCCACCCUCACUGACAGCCUCUUUGGGCUCCGGGGAGGCUUCUCAUGAGCCAUGAGGACUCCCCAGCUCUCCCCAGCAUUUCCUAGUAUGAUUCUAUUUGUUUGUUUAUUUCCUGGAGCCAUGUGAGUAGUACGCAGGUAUGUGGGGAGGGGGGAAUGCCUGAACUUCACUUCACUAGCUUUACUUUAAAUUUACUCCUGUAUAAUUUAAAGCUUGUAGGUGAACAAACAUAUUCCUUAAGACAGAGUCAGGAAUGAUAGCACAAAAGGCAGUCUCUGUCAAACAAGUUAUUCCUCUUUUAGGUUUAUAUAGAACAUUGCAUAAGGAAGAGCUGGAUAAUAGGUUCCUUGUGAAAAACGGAUCAAAAUUCUUUUUGGCAAAGAGACAACUCUCGUCAACUGAUGAUGCCAGUUGCUUACACCAUAGUUAAUUACACCACAAUUUAAGAAGGAUAUUGACAAGCUGGAACAUGUUCAGAGGAGGGUGGCCAAGAUGAUCAAGGGUCUGGAAACCAAGCCUUAUGAGGAACAGUUGAAGGAGCUGGGUAUGUUUAGCCUAGACAAGAGGUGACUGAGAGGACAUAUGAUAGUUGUCUUCAAAUAUCUAAAGGGCUGUCACUACUACUACUACUACUACUACUACUACUAAUUUAUUUCUACCCCGCCCAUCUGUCUGGGUUUCCCAGAUGGAGCAAGCUUGUUUUUCCCUGUUCUCGAGAAAAUCAAUGAAUUCAGAAUAAUUUUAAUUAGUUUUAAAUUACAAUCCAAUAAUAGCCUCAUUAUAACAAUACCAAUUUAUAAUACAAUUAUUAACACCAAUCAUUCAAAUACCGAAUUAUAUAAUUUAGAUAAAGUGCCCCCCCGCAUGCUAGAUUUUAUGAUUUGUUGAUUUUCUUUAUUUCUGCAUUCCAAAAUCUUAUUAAUUUCCAUUACGUUCCGGUAAUAAUAAUAAUCCCCUAUACAACAACUGCAAUAUUAAUAAUUUCUAUUCAUGUUGACACUUUAAAUGAUUUAUAAAACUACAAGUGAGGAACUCAAAAUAUAUCCUUGUUCUUCCUGUGUGUGACACAUCCUUGCUUUUCCUUUGCCAACGAUCUCCCGCUGUCAUGGUGGCUGCCUCCAUUAAGGCAGAGCGGAACCAGGAGCCAAGGGAACCAAUGAAUUCAAGUUCCAAGAAAGGAGAUUCUGACUAAGCAUCAGGAAGAACUUUCUGACAGAGCUGUUCGACAGUGGAACAGUCAGACUCCCUCAGAAGGGGAAGGCCUCUCCUUCCUUGGAAGUUUUUAAGCAGAGGUUGGAUGGCCAUCUAUCCUGGAUGGUUUAAGAUUCCUGCAUUGCAGGGAGCUGGACCAGAUGACCCUCGGUGCCCCUUCCACUGCCACAAAUCUAUGAUUCUAUGACAUUCACAGUGCCUGUGGAAACAGGGCCACAUCCCACCAAGCUGGGGCCAUGCUGGGGAUGCAGCCAACAUGAAACAUAGAUAAGGAAGUAUCUGGCCGGCAGGCCAAGGAGGGGGCAUGGCCAUCUUGUUGCCCUGCCCCUUGCAUAUCAGACAGGUGCCUGUUCUAUUGUCCUUUUGGCAUCUGUUGAGGACUUUCCUCUUUCCACAAGCCUUCCAAAUAGAUGUUGGUGUUGGGUUUUUUUAAGCUCCAGUUGGUAUCUCUACUGGAUUUGAAAUUGUGUGUGUGUGUGCACGUGCGCACAAUUCUUUUAAACUAUUUUUCCAAUUACUUUUAUUGUACAGUGGUACCUCGGGUUAAGUACUUAAUUCGUUCCAGAGGUCCGUUCUUAACCUGAAACUGUUCUUAACCUGAAGCACCACUUUAGCUAAUGGGGUCCCCUGCUGCCGCUGUGCCGCCGGAGCACAAUUUCUGUUCUUAUCCUGAAGCAAAGCUCUUAACCUGAAGCACAAUUUCUGGGUUAGCAGAGUCUGUAACCUGAAGUUUAUGUAACCUGAAGUGUAUGUAACCUGAAGCGUAUGUAACCCGAGGUACCACUGUAGUGUGAAAUUACUUUGAAGUGCUUUAGGAAAAGUGAUUCCUAAACAGAUAAAAACAAUGCCCCAACAUGCAAGACACCAAGAAAAUUAGACAGUAUUCACCCACUGCUAAUCUGUAAUCUGUUAAGCCUUUUUUCCCAUUUUUCCUUACACCUGAACAGGGAGUUCCCUUUGCUGUGAAAACAAGUGUUCACUGCACUAGAAAAAGCUAUUUAUUAGUGCCAGGCUUUUCAGAGUGUAACUAACCUUUACUUAGUUUGAAGUGAUCCCAUUUUGAUACAUUCUUAUAUUCUUUAAACAUUAUUUUAUCAACGACUAUGGAAAGUUCUCUAAAGACCCAGUUAAACUUUGACCCAUGGAUUUCCUUUAUUGGCUGUUAGCAUUAUCUUUAAUAAAUCAUUCCAAUGGUUAGUUCAGGUACUUCAAACAGCCCCAAAACAGUGAAGACUGAUAAGACAUUUUCAAAUUGAUGGUGGUGGUUUUCAUGCUUUCUAAAUGAGAUCUUGAAAAGCCGGGCUUGAUGGUAGAUGUUUUUAUAGUGGAGUAGCCUGAAAAUCUGAGCAAGGAAGGUAUAUAUUGGCUAACAUCAGUGACAGCACAAACCCAUCUCCUCCCUAGGCAAUUCUGCAUCAUUACACAAAUUAAAAACCUGGGUGGAGGUUUUGUGCAGGAUAAAGUAUUAAUAUUAAAACCAGCAAAACUGGUUGCUACAUGGCAAGAUUACCGUACUUAUCUAUGAAAUGCCAAAGAAUUCAACAUCUAUCAUGGGUUAAUAGCUUCAAAGCUAAGAGACCAGCUCACACCUACAUAUUCAACAAGGUCGUCACAGUGAACAAGGCAGAUUUUGUUAACGUAAGUAAUUCUGGCAGGAAAGGGAGUGGAAACAGAACUGCCAAUAUAAUAAUGCUAUUAUGCAUAUCUAAAGUGCAACUGGACUUGAAACUCUGUAUACAAUUCUUGUCACAGUAACUCAGAAAAGGAUAUUGUAGAACUGGGAAAGGUACAUAAAAGGACAAUCAAAAUAACCAAGGAGCUGGGGCAACUUUCUUGUGAAGAAAGGUUACAAUAUUUGCAGUAUUGAGUUUAGAGUAAAGGUGAGUAGUGGGGACAUUAUUUAGAUGUGUACAAUUAUGCAUGAUAUGGAGAAAGUAGAUGGGUUUUCUUUUUUCUCCCUUCCUUGUAGUAUUAGAACCCAGAGCUACCAAAAGAAGCUGAAUUUGGAAGAUCCACAGGACAGGCAAAAGGAGGUACUAUUUCAGCCAGCUCACAAUUAGAAUUAUGGCAUUUGUUCUCCACGAGAUGCAGUGUUGACCACCAACCUGGAAGACUUUUUGAAGGUGUUAAUAUGAAUUCAUGGUGGAUAAGGCUAUCAGUGGCUACUAGUCAUUAUGGCUAUGUACUACCUCUAGUAUUGGAGGUGGUAUACCUCAGAAUACCAGUUGGUGGGGAUCCAAUGUGGUUGGCCACCGUGAGAAAGGAUGCUGGAGGAGGGAGGUCAUUGUCCUGACCCAGCAGGACUCUUCUUAUGUUCUUCAGACCCUAUGUUGGAGGUAACAGUGCUUCAGAAUACCAGUUUCUGGAAACCACGGGAAGGCAGAGUGCGCUUGAAUCCUGCUUGUGGGUUUUCCACAGGCAACUGGUUGGCUGCUUUGAAAACAGGAAGCUGGACUAGAUGGGCUGUUGGCAUCAUCCAGCAGCCCUUCUUCUGUUCUUACAGUUGUCUGGAAGAGACCAUGUAUGUGAAGCACUGUGCAUUGCCAUCUAAAGUGUCAAUGCACCCAGGGUCUAAAAGUGCCAAAGUGCACCCCAAUGGCACCUUACAGAAGUCUGUAUUAUAUUUUACUGUUUGUAUAAUAGGCAAGCCCAGGGCUUUCUUUCUUUUUUUUAGCCAGAGCUCACAGGACCUCAGCUCUGUCACUUCUCAGGUAGGUGCCAUUGCCAUUCUAAGAGAACAAGAGAGAAGUUCGUGGUGAGCCCUGGCACCUCAUUUUCUAGAAAAAAUAGGACUGCACAAGCCUAUAUUAUAAUAUUGUAUCACUUUUCAGCGCAGUAAAACAGCAGCACAUAAAUGCUUCUAAUACACCCCAUAUAACAACUGCGUUUUGGGGGCUGGGUUUUCUGAAGAAGGAAAAAGCACCUUUCGGUGCGGAAUGAAAAAUUUUUAGCUCCGUUUUAUCGUUUGCAUAGGGAUGAGGGGGGAAAGCAUUGCUCGGGAUGGGGCGGCGUGGAGGCAUCCCCAAAGGUGCCAGCGUGAAAGUGCCGCUUAAUUUGAGCCAAAGGCGAAUCUCUCCGCGACUCUACACUCAUUUUGGGUCGCAUCCCAAGAAUCCAGUAAGUGCAGGACGCGGCGGGCCGAUCCUUCGCCGCCUUUAUUCCCCAUCUCCGUCCUUCGUCUGGCGCGGGCGAGCGCAAAGCCGCCUGGGUGGCCUCGGCCUGCCUUGUCGUUGCGAGGAGGCGGGGAAGGGCCUUCCGUUGAGCCAACCCCUUUUCUGUCGGAGGGUGGGGAAUCACGCGCGGCCCUUGCCUUUAAGGUUCAAUCGACAGAAAAGAAAGGGGGUGGUGGCCAAAGGCGCCGGCCGGCCGAGCCGAGGUGGUGGUGGUGGUGGUGGUGCUGGGGCGCUGCGCGCGCGCGCGCCGAUUCCCGGGGUUGGAAGCCGCCCCCCCCCCCGCCCGCCGCGCAGCCGAAGAAGCAGGUGCAGCGAGGCGAGCGAGCUGGUGCGGCGCAAGGUGGGGGUGGGGGGUUUGCAUCGCAGAGCGGCUGGGGGCCGGGGAAGGGGAGAGGGAGGAGGGCAAGCCGGUGGGGAGAGGGGCUGGGAGGUUAACAGGCCGGCGGGGGAGCGGGGAGAGAAGACAGCCUCCGCUGCUGCUGCCGCUUGCUGCGAUGGAGUGAGCAGACUCGGUGGAAUGCAAGGCAGGCGAGCGAGGGCAGCCGGAGGAAGGCGCUGCGGCAUCGCUUGCGUACGGUGCUCCUCCUGCGCGGCUCGCCCCCAGGCGCCGGCCGGUGGCGCAUCGGGGACCGUGCGACGAGCGGAGGGCCCUGCUGUGUCACGAGGUUGGCAGCGGGGGUCGGACUCCGGAGGGCCCGGCCGGUGUGGCCCAAGGGCGCGCUUGCACAGGCAUCCCUGACUUGGAUGCUGGCCAGUGCAGCGAAGGCAGCCGGGCGGGCGGGCGAGGGAGGGAGGAUGCUUCCCCGGCUAAAAUAAAUGCCCAGGCCCACCUAUCCUCCUCGCUCGUUCUUUAGGCCGGGCAGCCCCCUCUCCUCCGCCGACUGACCGAGCACGCGUAAUGUAUGGGUCGAGCGAUCCUCCGGUUUGCGUCCCCUCUGCGAGCGGACGUUUUUGCUGUGUCAGCCCAGGAAGCGAUGUCGCUUCUGGCGCAUUCACACGGUCGCUUGGCACGUCGGCUAGGAUCCUCCUCAGGGAGCCAGCCCCCGUCGGACACGGCGGCACUCGCAAGACUUCUAGUAUCGGGCUGAACGGCUCCAAAUCCCUCUGUAAAUUCCCCAGGAAAUCGGGCACCUUCUCCGUUACCCCGUCGAAGGCACGCUCGCCUCUCCUUUGUUUCUCGGUUUGUUGCUGUCUGUUUAUGCUCGGAGUGGCAGCUGUAAUCUGCUUUAGUGCUCGGAGGACAGAAUCAGGUGCUGAUAAUCGGCGGUUAUUCCGGAUUACUGGAAGAUAGGUGUGUGUGAUCUGAUCUCAUGAAGGACCCCUGGUGACCCGCUUCUUUCCCCAUGUCUGUAAUGUCAGUGUAAAAGGUGCACUGGUUGUAGAAAGUCGGUUCGUUUCUUCGUCUUCUUCUUUUUUUAAAAAGGCUUUCUUCAGCUUCUUAUCCUGCCCUGCCAUCCAUCUGGCAUGCGAAAAGCAUCUGAAGCGUGCCUAGCUCUGUCAAAGGACUUGGCAUGUGUUUUGUGGACAGCUGAACCAAAGGGCAAUAACACCUGGUAUGUGGUACAUUUCAGGUAUAGAGAAAAUGGAGACUAUACAAAGUCCUGAAUAUUUGAUUUUGCUAUCUUUUAGGUGGGAGACCUUCCAGGUUGCUAUGUAGAAAUCUGAUGGGGAUAAAUGAAAGUUUGUUUUUGCAUUUAACCAGUAAUGUGGGUCCCCCCCACCCCACCCCAUGCAAAUAGCUGUGGUGGUGGAGGACUGUGGUGGGAAGGACUGGGACCUUGCAGGCAGGCCUGAAAGGUUUAAUCCCCACUAGCCAUUGUCAUGACAUUGCCGUGAAAUUUUGUGAUGAAGGGUGGUUGAGAACUAUUUCAUAUAAAUCACAUGUAAGAAUCCUCUCCCUCACUGGUGUAGCUAUUUGCAUUGAGACAAAAAUUCCCAUCUGGUGCCAGUGUUCUUUAGGUUGCAUGAAUUCCAACCCCCCCAAUUCUGUUUCCUUAUACAGUGGUACCUCGAGUUACAUACGCUUCAGGUUACAGACUCCGCUAACCCAGAAAUAUUACCUCGGGUUAAGAACUUUGCUUCAGGAUGAGAAUAGAAAUCGUGCUCUGGCGGCACGGCGGCAGCAGGAGGCCCCAUUAGCUAAAGUGGUGCUUCAGGUUAAGAACAGUUUCAGGUUAAGUACAGACCUCCAGAACGAAUUAAGUUCUUAACCCGAGGUACCACUGUACUUGCUUUAAAGCUGAAGAAACUAAUUUCAUAGUGUGGAUGUAAAAAUGGGUAUGUUCUUCCAUCUCCUCCACAUUUUUAAAAACUCGAGCUGCUUCCCAUUCUGUGCAAGCAGUCACUGUGGGGGGGAUGGUAUUUACAUCAAGUAUGAGCAACAACGUAUGCAUUGCUAAAUAUGGUGGGCCUGUAGACACAGGUUGGACUGGCUUGCGUCUGUGAAGCCAUAUCCAUUUGCCUUUAUUGCUGUGUGGAAGUAUUGCUGUAAUAGGUAAAGGUAAAUUGGGACACGGGCAGCGAUGUGGUCUAAACCACUGAGCCUCUUGGGCUUGCCGAUCAGUAGGUCGGUGGUUCGAAUCCCCAUGACAGGGUGAGUUCCUGUUGCUCUGUCCUAGUUUCUUCCAACCUAGCAGUUCGAAAGCACACCAGUGCAAGUAGAUAAACAGGUAGCACUGUGGCGGGAAGGUAAACGACGUUUCUGUACGCUCUGGUUUCCGUCACGGUGUUCCAUUGCACCAGAAGCGGUUUAGUCAUGCUGGCCACAUGACCCGGAAACCUGUCUGUGGACAAAUGCUGGCUCCCUCGGCCUGAAAGUGAGAUUAGUGCCGCACCUCAUAGUCACCUUUGACGGGACUUAACCAUCCUGGGGUCCUUUAACUUUUACCUUUUAUUGCUGUAACCUUGGGUUACAGACGGUUCAGGUUACAGACUCCGCUAACCCGGAAGUAGUACCUCGGGUUAAGAACUUUGCUUCAGGAUGAGUACAGAAAUCGCACGGCAGCAGCAGGAGGCCCCAUUAGCUAAAGUGGUACCUCAGGUUAAGAACAGUUUCAGGUUAAGAAUGGACCUCCAGAACGAAUUAACCCGAGGUACCACUGUAAUAUGGUUCUUCCAGUGGCAAAAUAUUGGAGAGGCAGUGAAGCUGAUUUUCGGCAUACACCAAUUAUGCCACCGCUGCUGCUGAUAGUAACCAGGGAUUGUGAGAGUAACCAGGCAGCGUGCCCCUGAAUACUGAUUGCUAGGAAACACCAGUGGGGAGAGAAACUGUUGCGCUCAUGUCCCACCACUGUGGCCAGCAGACCACAAGUAGAAAGCAGCUACCUUGCCAAAAGAAGCCUGCAGAGCAAAUGGCUCUGGGUGGUGCCAGCCAGGAAUCCAUGCCACAUAUGAUAGCUGAAGGGGGGAAGGAACCUCCCAGUGCCAACGCAAGGCAAUUGCUGCAUGGGGCAAAGGACAAUGCAGUGUCUCCCUAUAGAAGCUGAGCAGCUAGCCAUUGAUUCUUACUUCAACAUUUAUGAUGGGACAGCACCCUCCAUGUAAUUGAGGGCAUCUGUCUAGCUUGGGGGUGGGGACAGGACACACUGCAUGAUGCACACAUUUUGUUGUUGUUGUCCUCUAACAGGAGAAUGGCUUAGAAGGAGUGACUGGCACUGCUGCCCCCUGCAUCCCAGAAUCUACUGCCUGAGGUGACCUGUGCCUGACGAUAGAGCCGGCCUUUAUAUCUUUCUAGGCUCAGAUGUGAACUUUGAUAUAUGCCAGGCCUAACGCAGAUAUGUCUGGAAUUCUUAUGGCACAGUGGAGGAUGCCACAUUUGCUACCCCGAUCUAGCCUUUUAGCUGUGAAAGUGCCACAAUUUCAGCCCAGCGUUCUAAUACGAAAGCAGUAAAAUAAUGUACUUUCUUGCACUGCCCCCUUUUUUAUUAAUACUUUAAGAACGUUCUAUUCUGAAGCCAUGACUGGAGGGCAGGAAGGUUUUGCCGCUUGAUGCUUUGAGACUUUAAUGGAGGACCACGCCAGUCCCGAGAAGACUAGAGGAAAUAUUGGAUGCGGCCGAGAAAGCUUAAUAUGUCAGGGAGGAUUUGUUUGGUUAUAUGUUGCUCACUGCACUGUGCAAAGAGGACUGUGACGUACAGCUUCGUUUUUGCAGAAGGGAAGAGAGACUAUUAAUCAGAUGGGUGUCGAGCCAAGAAGCAUGCACUUAAUUUUUGAAACAAUGUACUCUAAAAAAAAUAAAUAGAAAAGAAAGAAAAAUGGAUUGAUUUAUCUAAAAAUGUUGCAGGACUGGAAAAGACCCCUUUGCAGUCAUAGUAGACGAAGCCAGGCUUAUCUGGCAAAGGAUGAGGUGGCUUUUUAUAGUCAGAAACUUGUUAACAAUCAAGGAGCCAGAGAUUAAUCCACAUGAUUUCCUUAUACAGUGGUACCUCAGGUUACAAACACUUCGGGUUACAAACGCUUCAGGUUACAAACUCUGCUAACCUAGAAGUAGUACCUCGGGUUACGAACUUUGCCCCAGGAUGAGAACGGAAAUUGCGUGCCGGUGGCACGGCAGCAGUGGGAGGCCCCUUUAGUGAAAGUUUGCCUCAGGUUAAGAACGGUUUCGGGUUAAGAACGGACCUCUAGAACGAAUUAAGUUCGUAACCCAAGGUACCACUGUAAUAGCAUUUCACCAACAGGAAGCCAGAGGAGACAACAUCCAAUUCCAGGAGUGCUUUAUUUAUUAAUAUUACAUAUUUUAUAUCACCCUCCCCCCACAAGGAGCUCAAAGUGGUGCCCAUGGUUCUCCUUUUCCCACUUUAUCUUCACAACAGUUUUACGAGGUAGGUUGAGCUGAGAGACUGUGAUUGGCCCAAGGUCACUCAGUGAGCUACCAUAUCUGAAGUUGCACAGUCUUCUAUAUGCCUCAAGUUUCUCUGAGAAAGGCAAAACAAAACAAAACAAAUUUCUUGUACAAAAUUCAUUCCCAAAUCUACAUGUUAGUAGCUAGAAAUACAAACCUAAGUUGAAAACGCUGAGUUAACAUCUGAAGGAUUCAUAUUUUAAGUUUAGAUCAUUAAUAAUUAUUCCAUUUAUAUACCAUCCUUCCUCUUAAAGGAUCCCAGUGCUGUACACAAUGUAAACAAUAGUGCUGGAGAGCUCGGUCGGUAGAGCAUGUGACUCUUAAUCUCAGGGCCGUGGGUUCAAGCCCCACGUUGGGCAAAAGAUUCCUGCAUUGCAGAGCGUUGGACUAGAUGACCCUCGUGGUCCUGUCCAACUCUACAAUUCUACAAUCAGUUGUUAGAAUAUGUAAAAAUUACAGUGCUAAAAACAAAUACGGCAAAAUAAGCCUCAUAAUAAGAACAUAGGAAGCUACUUUGUUGUGAGUCAGACCCUUGGCUCAUCUCACCCAGUGGCAGUAAUGAUGGCUACCUGGCAGUGGCCCUCCAGGAAUUCAGGUUGGAGAUCUCUGCCAGUCUUACCUGGAAAUGCCUGAAGAAGAAGAAGAAGAAGAAGAAGAAGAAGAAGAGUUUGGAUUUGAUAUCCCGCCUUUCACUCCCUUUAAGGAGUCUCAAAGCGGCUGACAUUCUCCUUUCCCUUCCUCCCCCACAACAAACACUCUGUGAGGUGAGUGGGGCUGAGAGACUUCAGAGAAGUGUGACUGGCCCAAGGUCACCCAGCAGCUGCAUGUGGAGGAGCGGAGACUCAAACCCGGUUCCCCAGAUUACAAGACUACCGCUCUUAACCACUACACCACACUGGCCUGAGGGUUGAACCAGGAACCUUCUGAAUGCACAGCAUGUGCUCUGCCGCUGAGCUAUAAGAAGAGAACAGUUGAAUUCCAGAGCCAAUGUCUGCCCCAAAUGCCUUGUGAGAAGCUUUCUGCAAAAAAAAGAUUAAAAGGUUGCAUGCUUAAAUUUCAGGUUAAGCAGUAGGGGACCCAGGUGAGAAAAGAGGACAGGGCUCCGGCACUUUUAAGGCUUGUGUAGAUAAAGAAAUUUCAGCAGGGUGUAGGUGGCUAUUUGAAAGGUCCCAGGAGAUGAAGGAAUUACUAGAGGAUUGGGAUUUCCAAUUAUUCAUUGGCUCUUACUUCUGUGGGUAGGAUUGCCAGCUACUUGGGGAGAGGGGGAAACCUGCUGUGGCCUCCUCAUGUGCCUUUAAAAGCAUUAAAAGCGGCUUGAGUUGCAGAGAACCAGCAAGAUAAGCGUGAGUGCUUGCUACGUGCUGCAGAUCAAAUGGUUGUUGGAAGCCCAGCUACAGGUCUCACAUCAAGACCUGCCAACUGGUGGAAAUGUUUUGAACACACCUCUAAGGGAGUCUCUGGUUUAAAUUGGACUAGGACUGUGCACAGGGACAAAUCUCUUUCAUAGAAAGGUUUUAGGGAGGACAGUCAGAUCUUUGCUAAAUAGGAAGAUAAGUAAACUGGUAUGUUGUAACUGCUUGUUGUAAGGUUGCAUGAAGGACAUCAGUUAGAUUUGAUAGUGGAUGCCAGAGGAUGGGGUUAGGUGUAAGCCAUGAAAUGGCAAAGUUUGCAGCUGUCACCAAAUUAUUUAAGGUGGUAAAAAAAAGAAAAAGGGACAGCAAGGAUUAUGGCUCAUGGUGCAGUCGGUAGAGCAUGAGGCUCUUAAUCUUGGGAUUAUAGGUUUGAGCCCAAUGUUGGGCAAAAGAUUCCUGCAUUGCAGGGCAUUGGACUAGAUGACCCUUGUGGUCCCUUCCAACUUUACAGUUCUAAGGAGGUCGCAAAUGAUUGUUCCAAACCAGAGGAAAGGAUGUUAAAAUGGCAAAUGUGAGUCAGUGUAAGUAAAUGUAAAGUGAUGCACAUUGGGGGGGGGGGGAAUUAAAUCCGAACUUUGCAUAUAUGCUGAUGGGAUCUGAGCUGGCAGCAACUGACCAGGAAAGAGUUCUUUGGGUUGUGGUAGGUGGCUCAAGGAAAACAUUGGCCCUAUGUGUGGCUGCUGUGAAAAAAGUGAACUCUUAUAUUGGAGAUCAUUAGGAAAAUAGUUGAAAAUAAAUCUGCCAAUGUCACGAUGCCCUUAUACAAAUCUGUGGUGCAACAGUACUUGGAAUAUGUGACCAGUUCUCAUCACUGUACUUCGAGAAUAAUACUGCACAGCUUGAAAAAGGUGUAGAAAGGAGCUUCUCUGAGGAUAUCAUAGAAUAGCGGUAGGCAACCUAAGGCCUGGGGGCUGGAUGCAGCCCAAUCGCCUUCUCAAUCGCCUUCUCAAUCUGGCCCGUGGACGGUCCAGGAAUCAGCGUGUUUUUACAUGAGUAGAACGUGUCCUUUUAUUUAAAAUGCAUCUCUGGGUUAUUUGUGGGAUACAGGAAUUCGUUCAUUAUUUUUUUCAAAAUAUAGUCUGGCCCACCACAUGGUCUGAGGAACGGUGGACCGGCCCAUGGCUGAAAAAGGUUGCUGACCCCUGUCAUAGAAUCUUAGAGCUGGAAGGUACACAAGGGUCAUCUUGUCCAACCCCCUGCAAUGCAAGAAUCUCGGCUAAAGCAUCCAUGACAGAUGGCCAUCUAAUCUUUGCUUAAAAAACUGUAAAGAUGGAGAGUCCACCACCUCUCGUGGGAAUCUGUUCCACUGCCAAACAGCUCUUACUGUCUGAAAGUUUUUCCAAAUGUUUAGUCGGAAUCUCCUUUCUUGUAACUUGAAGCCAUUGGUUCAAGUCCUACCCUCCAGAUCAGCAUAAAACGAGCAUGUCCCCUCUUCCCUUAAGAUAUUUGAAGAUAGCUAUCAUAUCUCCUCUCAGUCUCCUCUUUUCCAGGCUUAACAUACCCGGCUCCUUCAAGUGGUCCUUGUAAGGCUUAGUUUACAGACCCUUAAUUAUCUUGGUUGCCCUCCUCUGCACACGUUCCAGCCUGUCAACAGCCUUCUUAAAUUGUGGUGCCCAGAAUUGGACACAAUAUUCCAGAUGUGGUCUGACCAAGGUUCUAUUACUUCCUUUGAAGUUCCCUUGGACACUACACUUCUAUUGAUGCAGCCUAGAAUAGCAUUAGCUUCUUUUCCUGCUACGUCGCACUGCUGACUCAUAUUAAGCUUGUGGUCCACCAAGACCCCUAGAUCCUUUUCACGGACCAGGGAUUGCCAUGUGCCACUUAGUUACAUCACUUGAGCUUCUGUACUCCAAGUCUUAAAGGCCAUACUUUUGGGGGGAAGGUGUUCAACUGAACCUGUCAUGUAAGAAGAAUGGUUUGGGGCCUUCAUAAUUAGAAGAUAGCAGUUGGGCGGGAAACAUGUUGUCAAUAAAAGUAAUUAUUAGUAAAUAGGGGGAAAACCCUGGUUUAUUGAUACCUGCAAUUUGCUAUGCUUGCCAAGUCUUCAUUCCAAUACUUUUUCAAAAGUUGACAUUUCUCUGAACUGCAGAUUGUAGGAUUUGUCUUGAAGUUUUUCCUGUUGAUCUACUCUGUUCCAGAAAAUGCUUGUUAGUUAUAUGCUCAUAAAAUCUACUUGCAUACCUAACUUAAAGCUUUGCUAAUAUCCAGUGUGCUUCAUAUGCUGGUUUAUAACAGGGAUGUGAAACCUGUGACCCUCCAGAUGUUGAACGUCUACUAUCAUCAUCCAUAGACCAUUGGCCAUGCUGGCUGGGCUGCUGGGAACUGGACUUCAGCAGCAUCUGGUGCCCCACAUGUGUUCCACUCUUGAUUUGUAAAGCUGGAAAUGUGCAUGAACAUGUGGAAAAGAUCUGCCCAGUACAGAUCUAGAUCUUCCUGUAACUUUAUGGCUGCUUCUCCUCAAUACACUUUCUUUGGGUCUGAAGUUUCUUCCGUGAUCCUGUUCAUCUCCUGUAACAUCCCUGCUUUACUCUCUCUGAGCAAGACAGGCAGUUACCUGCAGUUAUCGCAACUGCAAGCAUUUUAAUCUGGCCUGCUGUCCCAGCAUUUCUGGAUGCUGCCAUUUAUCUUCAGUUUGCUGAACAUCCCUUGAAGAAAUUUGCUGUGUAGAUUAUGUAAUGCAUCCUGAGAGAGAGAAGGGGGGGGGGAGGUGCACUGAACAAGAAUCUGCUGACUGCAAUGAAAAAUACUCUGCACUUAUUGGUCAGAGUUGUAGAAUGAUGUACCUUGGUGCUCGUAGAUUGAAGAAAAUUUUGGUAAAAGAAGUGAGAAGAGGAAACAUUCAGAGGAAUCAUCAGGGAGGCAAUAGCUGAGUUCUGCCCAUCACAAGUUAGAUGCAUCUCCUGUGUGCGUACAUGGUGCCUUCAGAAUGUAUUCUGAGUUGAGGCUACUUUCAGGUGUGAAAUGUAUUAUACCUCAUUUAGCUAUCUCUGGUCUGUUACUAUGUAUUCCCCAUUUCUGAGCAGUGAGAUGCUUGUAGCCUUUGCUCCAUUUGGAAAUAUCCACACAGUGGCAAAGUAGAAGCAAGCAGUUGCCUAUAAAGUAUAUGCAGGCAAGCAGAUCUACUCGUCCUGUACCAGAUUUCCAGAGAGAAAGAGAGAAGAUUCUGCACUUUAAGAUGCUUCACUUUCUGGCAAUCCUUAAUUCUCAGUCUCCUAGUUUCCACUCCUCAUUCAAACUGCAAACUAGUUUCAAACUGCUUCUCUGUUGCUUCCCCAGAGCUGGAGUGCUCACUUCCUGAAGAGGAAUUCCCACAAUCUAGGAAGGGUUAGCAUUGUUUUGUUCCUGUCUAUUGCAACUCUCCAGUUGGCCAUUCAUAGUGAUCAGGAUGUCUCAACUUGUCACACCCUCUGUAUAGUACAUUCAGCACUCCUGGAUGCUGCUUGCAUCAGACAGAGAUACGGUUUUGAUAAAAAGAUGAGCUGGCAUGGUUAGCUGUUGGCUUGUGUGGUAAGGGUUGCACCAAUUGUUUUCUGAGUCUUUUUUGUGUUUCCAGCUCAUAAAAGCUGCCCUAGUAUCCUUAACAUAAAUCUAGAGGGAAUUUUAUUUCAGAAUAAGAAACUUCAAUGUGUCCAGAGGGAGAUUGUUUGAAGAAAAUGUCUGACAUUUCUGUGUUUCCUUAAUCAGUUCUGAUUAAUAAUACUUGAGUAAGCAGCAUUGUGUAUUUAAUUUCCAGAUGCUUCAUUGAAAUUGUGAUUGAGAAUAUUCACAUUGUGAAUAUUCACGCUGUGAAUUGCAUUUUUAUAUAAAAUGUGCUUGUAGGUUUGGGGCCUUAUUUAUGCUCUGGGGAAGAUAUUUUAGGAAUGCAGCUUUAUGCGAUCUCUGUGGUGGAGAAAGCGACACUUGUUGAAUUUCCGCUUGUGAUGUAGUAUUUAAAUUGUGGGUAGAGAACCCACUGCCCUUCCAGGUGGGGUUGGACUCUAUCUCCCAUCAGUGCCAGAGAACAUGGUCAAUGGUCAUACAAAAUCAGUUCAGCAAAAUCUGGAGCGCAUCUGGGUGGGAAAGGCUGCUCUAGGAAAUUCUUUGUGAACUGGGGCAAAAUGUAUGCAAAUAGAAUAGAAUAGAACAGAAUAAAAUACCUUUAUUGUCAAUGUACAAACUGUGUACAAUGAAAUUAACCAAGCCUCCCCUCCCAAACACUCAAUCUCAUUGCACUCUGUGUGCUUGUCACACAACACACCAACCCCGAAAAUCAGUUGCACUAUAUUAUUUUCCAUUCAGCAGCCUAACAGCCCACGGAUAGAAAUUGUUUUUUAGCCUGUUGGUACGACUGAUUAUAUUUCUAUAUCUCCUGCCCGAGGGCAGAAGAUUAAAGAGGUGCUGGCCAGGGUGUGAAUCGUCACUGAGAAUUUUUCUCGCUCUCCUAAGGCAACGAUCCCUUGCAAUGUCAUCUAGCGGGCUCAGGGGAUAGCCCAUGAUAUCAUGAGCUGUGUUCACCACCCUCUGUAAAGACUUUCUGUCCAUGGCUGUCAAGCCAACGUACCACAGUGAUACAAUAUGAGAGGACACUUCCUAUUGUGGACCAGUAGAAGGAGGUCAUCAAUUCUUGUUUAACAUUGUUCUUUUGCAAGACCCUGAGAAAAUGGAGUCUCUGUUGGGCCUUCCUAACCACCUGAGUUAUAUUGUUUUUAAAAGUGAGGUCUUCACUAAGGUAAACUCCCAGGAAUUUAAAGGAAGAGACUCUCUCCACACAACCCCUGCCUGAUAUACAACGGGGCUAGUUCCCCUCUCUUCCUCCAAAAGUCCAACACCAUCUCCGUUGUCUUGCUAAUAUUUAGUUGCAAGUUAUUCUCUAGGCACCAUGUAGAUACUUUUUGAACCUCCCCCCUGUAUGCUGAUUCAUCUCCACCUGUAAUUAGACCCAUUAUGGUAGUAUCAUCUGCAAACUUAAUAAUUACAGUGGAUGGAUCAGAUGAAAUACAGUCAUAUGUAUACAACGAGUAUAGGUAGGGACUCAGCACACAUCCCUGUGGGGUGCCAGUGCUGAGCUUCAGGGAGGUAGAUGUAACAGGCCCAAUCCUCACUGUUUGUGUCCGAUCCUUCAGAAAGUCUUUAAUCCAGUCACAGAUGGUAGAAGAAAGGUCUAGUUCCAUCAGCUUUUUGGUAAGAAUGUCCGGAAGGAUGGUAUUAAAAGCCGAGCUAUAAUCAAUAAAGAACAUUCUAACAUAAUUCCCCGGUCUCUCCAGAUGACUUGUUGCAAGGUGAAAGGCUGUAGCUAUGGCAUCAUCUGUUGACCUAUUUCUCCUAUAAGCGAACUGAAGUUUAUCAAAAUCCGAAGGAAAACAUGUCCUAAGGUGUUGAAGGACCAAUCUCUCAAAGCAUUUCAUCACUACAGAUGUUAAUGCAAUAGGUCUGUAGUCCUUUAGGCAGUUAGUUGCUGUUUUCUUUGGGACUGGGACAAUGGUGGCUGCUUUAAAACAUGAUGGAACACAAGCCGUUUGCAGAGAGAUGUUAAAAAUGGUUAUGCCAUGGUAAAGCUUGAGAGAAGUUUUGUUGACUGAUGUCAUAGAAACUUAAAUUAACACCUUUGGAACAGGGCAAUGUGAGUUUACUGUUUCAAAGCUCUGCUGCUUCACAAAUAUUACGUGUAUUUACUAUUUUUAUAGAAUGGUUUUCUGUCAGAUUGUCAUGGGCAGUUUAUAUAUUAUAAUACAGAAAUGGCUUGCUGUGUAGGGGAUGGGAUACAAAAGGAAAGGGGAAGAAGCAGAAGCAGAAGCAGAAGCAGAAGAAAAUCCAUGUGCCAAUUCCCUAUGUGGUGUCAGCAUUGGCAUGGUCAGGCAAAUGCUGGAGCUAAAUAUGGCUGACAUUGGCCUCUUCAUUCAUAUAUAUAUAUAUAUAUAUAUACAUAUAUAUAUAUAUAUAUAUAUAUAUAUAUAUAUAUACAUACAUAUAUAUAUACACACAUAUAUAUAUAUAUGUGUGUGUAAAUAGACUCUCUGGGUGAGAUAGCUUCAGCCUCUGCUUCCACAUCAUCUUCCUUUUCUCCAGUCCCUCUUGGAUCAAGUCUGGCUCUAGGAGAGGCCCAGAAGCAUUGGGAAGGGAAGUCCCUUUGCUUAGGCUUUACUGAAUGAGUGCUGAGGGCAGAACUCAAACCAGGGAGCCUAGACUAGUGCAGGUGUUGGUCCUUCUCUUUCAUUGCUGGCCUCUUGCUGCUGUCACCACCCAUCCAGAGUAGUGGAGCCUUGGAGAUACCUCUGCUUUCACUGCUGUGGGCUGCCAGCAAUGGAGGAGAAGCAUUGCCACCUGCAGGACUCUGGGUUCCUCAGGCCCUUUAACGCUUUCCCUUUCUUUCCAAGCACUUUGCGCUAGGAAAGAGAGAGAAUAAUUAAGGUGCUGUGGGGCUUAGAGGGCUACAGGUGGUGCUCCUCCUACAUCACCCACUGACUGGUAAACCUGCAAUCCUUGCUUACAAACCCUCCAAAUCUGAGCCUUCUUUUGUACUGUUCCAUGGUGCAGCUGUUUAACGACCUGGGGGAAUAUUCACUUCAGGAGACAGUUUGAAGUCAGGAGGUGCUAAAUGGCAGCCGAUUCCAACUGUGCUGGUUGGGCUUUGCUGCCUCACCUUUCCCUCAGCUGCAGCCUGGUGGAAUGAAAUUAGUGAUGUCAUCAAGAUUUGCGUUUCUAGAUGUGGAGAUUUGAGUCAGGCUCACUGUGCUCACUUGAAGUACCAGACUCUGGAGUUCUUCCCUGGCUCGGACCAAAAUCUGAGCCAGAGAAGUAUUUCCCUCUUGCCUCCAGUACCAUCAGAGGCCACAGGGAGAGGGAAUGAAAGGAAGAAUACCUCCCAUCCUUUUUUUCUCUACAGCCACUGACUCUCUCCCAUCGCCUUUCUUUGAUGCAGUUGCAUUUGGUCUUAGAGCACAAAUGGUGAGAAAUGGUAUGGAAACAGUCCAGGGUUUUUUUUGCAAGGGUAGGGCAGGGUUUCAAAGCAUUGUUUGUGGUCUGGAAAAGUAUCUGUUGCAUCCUGGAAUAUACUUGCCUUCUGCCUCUUGUUUAUGAUUUCCAGUGCUUAUAACUGACCAUUUUUUAAAUCUAUUUUUGCAGCUGAGGUAGAGCCACCAAGAGAACAAAAUGGACCUUGAUGUGCUGAACAUGUUUGUAAUAGCGGGAGGCACUCUGGCUAUCCCAAUUUUGGCAUUUGUGGCAUCCUUCCUUCUGUGGCCUUCAGCACUGAUCAGAAUAUACUACUGGUAAGUUAUUCAGAAUCCUGGCUCUGAUUGGUGUUGCCUUCCUAGAAAGCCUAUGUACUUCCCAAAACGUUUGCCACAAUUAGAGUGAAUGAUCAAUAGUGCUUAAAUUUUUUUUAUUUAAAAACCAGUCUGAGUUCUUUUGGCAGCUGAUUGAUUGCAGCCUAUUUGCAUAUGAUGCUUCAGGAGCACCUCUUGAUUAACGCCAAUUAUCCAGAUUGAGGAGGAACCUUCCACAAAUCAUGCCAUAAUGGAGGCUCAUCCAUGAUGGGGGCACACUCCAAGAUCGCUCCCGUUCUGCCUUCCAAAUUGGCAGACAUGGGAUUGUGUGACACUGCAGGUUGCAGUGAACUUCCUAGACCCCACUGGGAAACAUCAGGAGGGUUUAUGCCUCAUUCCCUUCCUUUCCCCGCCUGAACUCCUUUACAGCCCCUGGAGGGGCUAUGGAGAACAACCACCAUUGAAUCGUGGGCAUUGCUAGAAACCGAAUGAUCAAUAGUUCUUAACUUCUGAAUGAGCAGUAGUUGCAAAGGUUUCCUUUCCUUGAUCCUUCUGUUGUUUAGACUCCUGCUUCAUACAGCAACUCCCCCAAAAGUCAAAGGUCCCCUUUGGCAGUGGCGUCCAAUGUAGCACUGUUAGUUCACAGUUGGAAGAGGUAAUUGGACAAAGCCUGGUGUGCAUGUAGACCAGCUUUGGCCAACCUGAUGCUCUCCAGCUGUGCAGGAGCUGAUGAGAGUUGAAGUCCAAAACAUCUGGAGGGUGUCAGGUUGACGAAGACUGACUUAGAACCAUUUGGGAGCACGGAGCUCCUUCAACUUGUCCACUAAACUCGGACUGCCUUAAGCUGGCCAAGCGGAUAACGAAUCCUUUUCUCAUCACCAGUGCUGAUCAGAUAGUGUUUGUUCCUAAGCCUGCUUCACAUAUUCAGCUGAACUGGCUCAUCUCUAGGCAUGGCAUGGAAGUAUGAAACACUUAUGCGCUCCCACCAUACCUGUGGUGUUGGGUGAUCAAGCAUAUAGACAGAAAGUUCACAGUCUUUCCCCCUGACCACCUCCUGAAGGCUUCAUCUGCGCAUACAGCCUCCUCAUAGCAACACAGGAAGGUGCCUUUCACUAAGUCAAACUACUUGUCCAUCUAACCCAGUAUAUUGAUUUACUUUAUUUAUAAGAGUGCUUAUAAGCUCCUAGUAAAUAUGGCAAUGUACACUAAAAUGCCGUAACAUAAAACACAAGGCCAACGUACUUCUUAAAAUACAUGUAUUUUCUACUCUGCCUGGUAGCAGCUGUCCAGGGCCUCAGGUAGAGGUCUUUCUGAGCACCUGCUGCCGUUCCUCCUUUUUAAACUGGAGGUUCCAGGGAUGGAGCUAGGGACCUUCUGCAUGUAAAGAAGGUGUUCAACUGCUGAACCAACCAUAACAGUUGUAGUGUAUGUAUGUUGUAGGUUAGUGGAGUCGCACGCACACUCAUUAACACCAGGCUAGGGGAUCUUUGGCCCUCCAGAUGUUGUUGGACUCCAACUCCCAUCAGCCCCGGCCAGCAUGGUCAGGGAUGAUGGGAACUGGAGUCCAACAACAUCUGGAGGACCAAAAGUUCCUCCCUGCCUUACAGCUUCCUUAUUAUGCUUAUAGAGGGGCUACUAAGUCUACAUAUGUAUGUAUAGAUGCAUAAUCUUUCUUAACUGGGAUUUUUAGAUCCCUUCCUGUAUAGAUGGUUAUUGCUGUGGCUGUUCCAUUAAUGUAAAUGCUGCUGGGAGAAUUCUGCAUUAUCUUAUUACCAAAGCAUGCCUGUUGCUAGGCAGGCCUUUAUUACCCCGGUUACUCCAGCUGACUCGGAGGAUUAGCUCCCCAUGGGCGCAGAUGUCAUUGGUUCGUUUCUGAGUGGGGAUAAAUUGCUUGCCAGGAAGGUUCAUCAAUCAGUAAAGCUAUUUUAAAUGCCUAAGCAGGGGAAAUUGUUACAAAGGGAUUAGAGAGGCGGCUCUGGUUGUUUCAGUAAAGGGAGAACUGUGAAAAAGAUUGGCGCAAGGGAAAGUGGGAGAGGGUCACAUUGUGAUUUCACAACCUUGUGGGAAGGAAGGCAUGGGAUGCCAGGGGCUGUAGCUCAGGGUGGAGAGAGUGCUUCACAUGUGGAAAGUUCCAGGUUCAAUUACCAGGUAGGGCUGGAGAGACUGCCUGUUUGACACUGGGUGUUCCUAAAAACAAGUUCAAGUGUGGCAGUCGCGCUGCGGUCUCCUGCAGGGGGAGCAGGCAGUGGUGAUUUGAAUUCAUUGCAGAAAUGCUUUGCUCUUGUGCUGAGGCUGCUGUGUUGCAACCCUUCUCCUUUGUUCUGCCCUUGCUGCUGUCAGGUACUGGCGCCGCGCCCUGGGCAUGCAAGUUCGAUACGUGAACUACGACGACUACCAGUUCUGCUACUCCUACCGAGGGAGGCCUGGCCACCGGCCCUCUGUGCUCAUGCUGCAUGGAUUCUCGGCCCACAAGGAUAUGUGGCUUUCUGUAGUCAAGGUACACUUCUCCUUCUCUAUGAGGAAAUAACAGUUUCACCUGGGAGGGACAACGUUCUGCUCUUGGGCUAAGUUGCAGCCAAUUCCAGUGUGCCCUUGUCACUUUUCUAUUACUGAUUUGUGUAUGUAUUACAUACCAAAGGUGGAGAAUCUGCGCCCUCAGUAUGUAGAUAGGCUCCCAUCAGCCCAAAGUUCAGGGAUGCUGGGAGUUGUAAUGCAGUAACCCCCGGCUUCCCACUGCAGGUCAUGUGUUCCUUCCAUCAGCGCUGCUACAGGGGAAGCACCCAUGUGAUAUAAAAUCCAUAUAUUAGUGUGCCAGCAGUGGGGUUGUGCUAUCAGCCAUGCUGAAAAAGUAACAGGUGAAUCAGCCUUGAGGAUAAGUUCAAAUGGUCCACUUGGUUGGGAUCAUGCCUGGCUUUCACCAUGGGAAAAGGUAGGUACCACUUUCCUGGCCACCCAUAUGUUCAGUAUGGAAAGCCAGCUGCUCAAAAUGAGCAUCCCACAGUCGUCCCUGUUAGUUCUGUGGAAAGUUUGGGCUGUCACACUUCUGUAUCUACUGCGGAGCCACCUGUGCUCAGAAUACUCCUAUUUUCGAUCCCUGUGAGGCUGCUGCUUGCUAACUGCAAAUGAAUUAUUGUGAUGAGAUUGGGAGGGGAGGUUGCCUACUUGCUUACUUUGGGAUUAGCCUAAAGUGCCUUAAAAAAACCAAAUCAUAUGCUGAGGACAUUAGGAUUCACACAAAAGACUUUGUGGUAACAGCAUGUGCGCAUGCUUCUCUUCCUCUCUUUUAUAAGAAUUCUCUUCAUAUAUUUUAGCUUUUAAGGAACAGCUUGCAUGGGGCCAGUGUUAAUACAAUUCAUCCGUUGGCAAUGCAAGUGCUCAGCUCCACUUCCACCAUGAUGGCAGUGGUUGGAAAUUUGUUCCGAUUUGCUUCUGGUGGGAUCUCUCCUCCAUCCUAACCACAUGACACUUGUUUCCUGCAGUUCCUUCCGAAGAACCUGCACUUGAUUUGUGUUGACAUGCCUGGCCAUGAGGGUACCACUCGCUCAUCCCUAGAUGACUACUCAAUCUAUGGGCAAGUGAAACGAAUACACCAGGUAAUAAAUGCUCCAGAAAUGACCCUGGAAACGCUUGGGAUGUUCUCUCUGUUCCACCUUCUUGAGUCCAUGGACUGAUUCAGAACUCACUGUUCGGAGGUGACUAGUGUUUUGAUUUGGAGAGUCUGGGGAAGACUAAGCAAUGUUGUAAAGAGUGAUGGGAGAUGGGUUACAGCAAAGCCUUGGAGAUAUAUCCCAAUAUUUCAGUACAGCGACUCUCCCUUCUGAAAGCUCUCUCCUUCCUUCCUUCCUUCCUUCCUUCCUUCCUUCCUUCCUGGCCAGCAGACAUGCCAGCUAUUUACAGUCUCAAAAGAUUCUCUUGUCUUCGUUCUGACUCUCAAAUCCUUAAUCUCUUUAAUUCUUCAUAUCCUGUUCUGUGAAGAUCUAAGUCCAUCAGUGAUCAAAAGAAUUGGUUUGCAGGUUGUGAGGUGACUGUCUGUUUCCUCCUUUACAAAGGGAAGAGCUGCCAUUUGAAGGGCUGUCUGCUAAAAGACUGGCUUAAAGAGGGAAAAAGAUCAUGAGAGCAGGAAGGGCCUUGGCAUUACCCAGGCAUUGCCUCCACAGCAGACCCAGCCUUGUCUGAACCACCAGGCAUCAUGGCCUUCCAUCCUAUGGCAAGAUGGAUAGUUUUUAAAACUUAAAUUAUUGCAACUAUUUCUAAACUUGCAUUUAUACAUAUACAGUCAGCACAUGGUAAUUUACAUAAAUCUUUUAGCGUUGGCGUAUUUCCCGUUUCCCUUUGGUGAUAUGUAAGUGGACACCCUUCUGACUGGGUGAGUAGUCAGUUCACGUUUUAACUGUGGGGUUUCUCUGUACAGUGGUACCUCUAGUUACAAACUUAAUUAGUUCCAGAGGUCCAUUCUUAACCUGAAACUGUUCUUAAACCUGAGGUACCACUUUAGCUAAUGGGGCCUCCUGUUGCCGCCACAGUGCCAGCGCGCAAUUUCUGUUCUCAUCCUGAGGCAAAGUUCUUAACCCGAGGUACUACUUCUGGGUUAGCGGAGUCUGUAACCGGAAGUGUUUGUAACCCGAGGUGUUUGUAACCUGAAGUACCACUGUAUUCCAAAGGAACUGAAUUGCGGAGCACGCCUAAUAUCUUCCACUUCCUUUCCCAUCUCCCGUACAUCCUGAGUUAUGAGAAGUUAUCAAAGAAGUAGCUUCUUUACCUUGCAGAAAUGGCCCUCUCCUUUCUGUCAGCAGCUGAGCUGCUAAUAUGUGGCCUGCUUUGUCAGACUUGUUUAUGCUCUCAGCCUUUCCAUAAACAUAAGUGGAUCAAACAUAUUAAAAAGACAAUUCAGAGCCAGGGUCUGAGAAUCAGUGGACAGCCAUCAAACUCUUAGCUCGUAAGCUUUCUCUCUGGUAAGAGGUUUGUUUUCAGUUGCUUUGGGCCUGUUCAUAGGAUGUGCUGGUUUUCCUGUCUGUCCACUUAGCAGUGUUGAAGGCCGCUGUUCUGAACCCCUGGGGACAGAAGCCCCAUUUACCUGAGGGCUAAAAUGAAGGGUGAGGAGGGGUGCACCCACAAGUCCCACCUACAAUGUCACUGUGGACGUCGGGCGCCUAUUCAAACCUUUCCAUGUUGGCCACGCACGCCCUGAAGGGAGAUUGGAGGAAUAAUCAGAGUUUACUUAGAAUACUCCCUGUGAUCAGGAGCCUUGUCUUAACAGGGUUUUGGAUCUCAAGGAUUCUAUGUUCAUUCCCUCAGACACAUGUAGACAUCCUCAUCAGAUUUUCCCUCUCAGCAUGGGAAGGGAAGGGAAGGUCUGAAGUGAAGCUGACUUUCAUGGGGAUGUUGGGGACGGGGGCUUCUUUGCACACCCCUCCCCUCUUUUAACUCCUUACGCACCGAACAUGCCUAGAAGCCCCCUUCAGACCUUCGUGACUGAUGAGCAAAAUUUUCCUGUGGGGAUGAGGACAAAGAGGAUGGGGUUGUGUGCACACAGAAAGCCAGCCUGGUGCAGUGGUUAGAGUGUCAGACUAAGACCUGGGAGACCAAGGUUUGAAUCCCCACUCGUCCAUGAGGCUCGCUGGGUGACCUUGGUCUAGUCACUGUCUCUUAGCCUAACCUACCUCACAGGGUUGUUGUGGGGAUUCAGUGAGCAGGGGGAGAAGCAUGUACGCCAGCUUGGAGGAAAGGUGGGAUAUAAAUGAGAUCAAUAAACACUACCCUUUCCGCACAUUUACUCUGAAUAUCUGAAGAGGCUUUUGAUGCCUGUUUUUAGCUUUCCCAGACCUAGGAUAGAAUUUGGCUGCUGUUAAAGUUGCAGUACCUGCUCUGAGAGCCAGUGUGGUGUAGUGGUUAAGAGCGGUAGACUUGUAAUCUGGGGAACUGGGUUCGCUUCCCUGCUCCUCCACAUGCAGCUGCUGGGUGCUAGUCACACUUCUUGAAGUCUCUCAGCCUCACUCACCUCACAGAGUAUUUGUUGUGGGGGAGGAAGGGAAAGGAGAAUGUUAGCCGCUUUGAUACUCCUUUGGUAGUGAUAAAGUGGGAUAUCAAAUCCAAACUACUACUCUUCUUCUUCUUCUUCUUCUUCUUCUUCUUCUUCUUCUUCUUCUUCUUCCCAGCACAGUUAAGCCAAUUCCCCCCAAGCAUAAGCAACACUAAUACUUUCUUAAUACUACUGAAAGAAGAGCCAGGUAGGGCACUGCACAUAACCUAACUUCCUCUGGGCUGCCCCUUAACAUCUGUUAUGGUGCUGAAUCUCAUGUGCUAUUACUUGUGUGAGUAUUACCGUAUUUUUUGCUCUAUAAGACUCACUUUUUCCCUCCUAAAAAGUAAGGGGAAAUGUGUGUGCAUCUUAUGGAGCGAAUGCAGGCUGCGCAGCUAUCACAGAAGCCAGAACAGCAAGAGGGAUUGCUGCUUUCACUGCGCAGCAAUCCCUUUUGCUGUUCUGCCUUCUGAGAUUCAGAAUAUUUUUUUUUCUUGUUUUCCUCCUCCAAAAACUAGGUGCGUCUUGUGGUCUGGUGCGUCUUAUAGAGCGAAAAAUACGGUAAUUUCCAAGCCAGUUCCCCUCAUCUCUCCUAACUCUACUGCAAUUGCUGCCUGCCCCCUAGUAACCCAAGUGUUGGUUUUUUUAUCUUUUCAGUUUGUUGAAUGUAUCAAUCUGAACAGGAAACCCUUCCAUCUACUUGGAACUUCCAUGGGCGGAAACGUUGCAGGAGUUUAUGCUGCUCAGUACCCAGCGGAGAUCUGCAGCUUAAGUCUUGUAUGCCCUGCGGGUGAGUGCCACAAAUGAACUUCGCCUCCUGAGGCAGGAGAUGUGUCCACGGUCCAUGUGUCUGGUGAAUUUAAAUACUCAGGAUGUGCACCAACCACAGGAGUUGAUUGGUUCCUGACCUGGUGCUUUGGAAAACAGUCUGCUCAUGUCAAAGGUGCUUUGGCUGCCUGGUGGAAUGGCCACCUGACACGGAUGCUUUAGUUGACACGGAUGCUUUAGUUGAGAUUCCUGCCUUGCAGGGGGUUGGAUUAGAUGACCCUCAGGGUCUCUUUCAGCCCUAUGAUUCUGUGAUUUGGGCUGCAGUCAGUCUAAGUCCCCUUCUUUUCGCCACUGCCACCGCCACCGCCACCCAAUUCACAAUUCUGCUUUUGACAGAAGUGAAUGAAAUUUGCAGACCUCAUAGCUGCUCUUGAGUGGCUAAAGCCUGCCAAAUUGUAAGCAAAUAUGUCCAGGGGGUGUUGUGCUGGGCAGCUUCAUUCUCCCGUACCCCCAUUUUAAAAGUAAACAUCUAAAACUUUAUUUUGGAUCAGAAUUGGAUUAAAUCCGUAGACAAGGACACUCCUUCUGAAGGUGUGAAUCCUGCCAGAUUUCAGAAGGAUUGCCACAGGGGCUUACCUGAAAGGGUAGCCUUUACAGUUUGGGUGUGCAAUUGAUUAACACCUGUCAAGUUGCAAACAAAAGAGAAGUCCAGGGGUGUUUGUUCUAGGUACCUUGUAAAGUCGAUUGUGGAGGGAACAAAAAGGGAUUGACUUUUUAGGUAAGAUCAUUCACUCUGAUUACAAGACCAACUUGUCAGCCACAGUGAGGCUCUUCUUCCUGCUUCUCUCCAUUGUGGUGUUUGCUACUCCUUCCCACAUCUCUCCACCCUGAUGUUAUUUUUUCAUAGGGUAACCUGUACUUUACCUUUCAGCAGAUGCUAAUAUGCACCUUUGUUUAUGUCCGGAUCACUGAGGCACCACAAAGUGCUUCAGGGAACCCAGCUUCGAUUUGUUCUACCUCAUAGACAUCCCUCUUCAUCCCUAACAAGCUGCCAAACCCUCCAAGACACAUCACUUUGGCUCAGGAUCCAUCCAGCUUUGCUCCACACCUCCUAUUAAAAGCUAGAAUUAGGCUCAAUUUUGACACGUUAAGACACUAGUUAAAAGCAGCAUUCGUGUGCUUGCUACCUUGGCAACCCCCUUGCCCUUGUAGUUAAAGGCAGGCCUACAUCAUCAUCAUCAUCAAUACCCAAUACAACCCCCCAUUUUAAAAGGGCACUGAAUAUCAGUCAACCAAAGGCCUGGUUAAAGAGGAACGUUUUUGCUUAGUGCCUAAAGGUGUAUAAACAGCCUUGGCCCAGUAUACCUGAAGGAGUGUCUCCUUCCCAUCAUUCAGCCCGGACACCAAGGUCCAGCGCUGAGGCCUUCUGGCAGUUCCCUCACUGCAAAAGUGAGGUUACAGGGAACCAGACAGAGGGCCUUCUCGGUAGUGAUGCCCGCCCUGUGGAACGCCCUUUUCCCAUCAGAUGUCAAGGAAAUAAGCAGCUAUCUGACUUUUAGAAGAUGUCUGAAGGCAGCCCUGUUCAGGGAAGUUUUUAAUGUUUGAUGUUUUAUUGUGUUUUUAAUAUUGUGUUGGGAGCCGCCCAGAGUGGCUGAGGAAACCCAGCCAGAUGGGCGAGGUAUAAAUAAUAAAUUCUGAUGCUGAUGAAGGAGGCAGGCAAAUCUUCCUGGGGAGAACAUUCCACAAAUGGGGAGCUGCUACAGAAAAGUCCCAUUCUGUUAUAACAGACACGUGGCUGUUAUUGGAAAGAGCAAAUCAAUGUCUAACUACCUUCUUCCUAAUCCUAAUGUCAACACAUCAAAGUGCUGAGCAUCCUGCAGGCCCUCCACCAGCAGCAGCACCCAGCAAUGGUUGGGAAACGCAGCUCACCAUAAGUCUGAGUCACCCUAGAUGAAAGGUGGCCGACACAGUAUCCCCCAGAGCAGGCAUAGGCAAACGCCGGUCCUCCAGAUGUUUUGGAACUACAAUUCCCAUCAUCCCUAGCUAACAGGACUAGUGGUCAGGGAUGAUGGGAAUUGUAGUCAUUUAGAGGGCCGGAGUUUGCCUAUGCCUGCCCCAGAGCUUGGAUCACUGAACUCCUGUCAGUCCCAGUCAGUGGCCAGGGAUGAUGGUAAUUGUAGUCCAGAUACAUCUGGAGGGCCCCACCCUGGCUAUCUUUGCCUUUGAUAUCCCAAGAGGAAUCCAAACGCGCAGGAGGUGCCUUGGUGACAGCCAUGUAUGCAUCUCAAAGUGUCAUUUCACCCUACGUGACGAACGUGGUGGUUCUGUACUUGGGAGGUAAGAUUAAGUCAGGUCCUGACACCCCCACCCCCUCCUUCCUUGCUUGUGACUUUAAGAAAUAAUUGGCAUGUUUUCUCUGGAAGGAUUGUUGGAGGAAUUAAAGGCUUGUCAAGGCCGCCUACCUAUUGCGUUGCUUCUGGAGCUCAGCAUAUGGCUGUUCUUCUCUUUUUUCCUGCAGGGCUGCCGCCUGUCGCGGAAAGCAAAUUUGUUAAGCUACUGCGGGAGCUGAAGGAGUCUAAGUCCCUCAGCCAGAUUCCCCUGAUUCCAUCCACCCCGGAGGAAAUGGCAGAAAUGUUAAAGCUUUGCUCUUACGUACGCUUCAAAGUGCCCCAGCAGGUGAGAAGUAUGAGUGGCAGAGGCGCCCUUAAUUGGGAAUCUUCUCUUGCCCCCUCACCCCCACCCCAAGGCUGUUCUUCUUAAGUCGAGGCUGGUUGCUGCCUUGGUAAACAUUUGAUUAAAGCAAAGUACAGUAUCCACCCCCUCCUCCCACCACCCACGAUGUGGCCUCCUAACUGGUUGGCUUGUACCGAUUCUGAGGUAACAUGCAUUUUAAUGAAUGAAUUCCAUUUGUGAAUCGCUUCCUAUAAAGUGCCUUAAAGCAAUUUGACAACGAAUACAACAGCAAUAAAAACAAGAAGUGUUUCCUAUGUAAAAAUGAAACAAUUUCCUAUGUAAAGACGGUUUCAAAUCUAACACAUCUACAGACUGGGGUUAAAAAAACCCAACAACACAAAAUCCAGUUAUAGGUCUUGUUGAAAAAGGAAGGUCUUCAAUUACUAUUUAUGAAUGAAUUCUGUCCCUUUAAUUCUUAAAAUUUUAAUUCAGCACCUGUACAGCUGCUUCCUGGUCCCUAGGUAGGCUUGAUAAUAGGAAGUCCUAUUUUUUUCCAACUUAGAAAGCAAAACUCACCAUGAAUCAGUACCUCAGUCACAAAUCAACUGUACAAAUUGUAACACUUGGAAAUUAACACACUCUUGUACACCUCCUGUUUAGCUUUCUGGUAUCUGAGCUUCAGAUAUAAUUCCUUAUCUCAAAAUCCAUGAGGUCUAGCGGAUUUUGAAAGCCAUGGAUUUGAACCUAACCCACGGUGUACUGAUAAAUUUGGAAGUGUAGGACCUCAUCACAACAGCCUCCAAGGAGAGUCCAGGUUAUAUAACACACACUCAUGCAACAUAGCAAGGGACAGCCCUACUUUUAGCACGAUGGCCAAUAUAAUAGGAUUAGCACAACUGCAACCCUAUACGCAGCCUCCUGAGAGUGUGCUCUGCUGAACUCAGUGCCACUUGCUUCAGAUUGUGUUUUAAAUUUUCAUCUGAUUGGUAUUGCUUUCCUUCUCCACAGCAUUAAUUCCUCCCCACCUUUCUCAAGCUCUGUGCUGAAUGUUCCUUAGUAGCCAUGUGGGUGUUUGUACAGAGAGUAGAUAGAUACCGAGGUGCUAUAUGCAAGAUAUGAUUUUUAAAAUUGGGAAGAACAAGUGAAAUGGAUGUGGUGUGUGUGCAGUCUGUUCUGAAGAGCCAAGCUUUCCCUGACAGGGAAACCUGAUUUCCCUUGAAGUCUGAGCUGCGUGGGUUUACACAGGGCAAGCAAAGUGCGAAACAAUUGCUUUAAAAAUUGUGCAGAGCUGUGAUUCAUCCUCCCCUCGGCAAUCUUUCCGAAGCAGAAUUUUAACUUUCUCUAUGUGGAAGAUUUGCCCCCCUUUCCCCUUACAGUUUGGAUGAGGAACCUGAGGCCCUUCACCUUCCCCCUUCCCUAGCCAGUGUGCCUAGUUAUCGGGGACAAUAGGAGUUGUAGUCCAGCAACUUCUGGAAGGCAGGUUCCCCUGCCAUGCCCUACAGAUUUGUAAUCUUUAGUUUGAGUGCGUUCCAUGUUGGCUCCCAUCCUUCUAGCAGCCCCAAAGCUUGUUUGCCCAGGUUCCUGCCUCUACUUGCUGCAGUGCGUCUCCAAGCGGGUUUACUCCUCGGCUGCGUUAUGCAAUGCUCAAGAGUCCUGAUUGCCAGCAUGGAUUCUGUGGUGUGUCCAGAAAACCGCUCCUACUGGGAAAGAGAGGGGGAGCAGAUGGACAUGGUGUGCUUGCCCUGUUAUGUAACAUAGGGACAUAAUAAGAGCCCUGCUUGUUCAGGCCAGGGGCCUGUCUGGUCCAGCAUCAUGCUGUCUCACAGUGCCCAACCAGAUGCAUGUGGGAAGUCUGCCCACAGGCCCUGAGCACAGCAACACUCUCCCCACCUGGUGUGGAGAAGCACAAUGCCUCUGACAGUGGAGGCAGAGCAUAGCCAUAGUGGCUAGAAGCCACUGAGAGCCUUGCCCUCCACAAGCUAUUCUUCUAAGACGCCAUUAUGUGUUUGUAGAUCCUGCAGGGCCUCGUCGAUGUCCGCAUCCCGCACAAUGACUUCUACCGCAAAUGUAAGUGCAUCACGUCCUUUCUCUAGCUUGGGAUUGGAAUUGGUGCUGGUCGCUUCUGUUAUCUGAAGGUGCAGGCUACACCAUGGGUCGGAUGCCUGCCUGCUCCCCCCACUCCCCAUGGUGUGAUUUGGUUUUAAGGCCCAUGGGAUGGCAGCUUUGCCCAGUAUUGAAGCAGCGCACCUGUUAAAAACAUCUUUAAGGAAAUGAAACAGUGGGGCUUUGUGUAUGCCACCAUAGGAACAAAAGAAGAACUCCUGUGCCUCAGACCAAAGGUGCACCUGGUCUUAGCAUUCUGUUGCCAACAGCAACCAGCCAUAUACCCUUGGAAAAUUUACAGGCCAGAAACGAAUCUCAUGGUCAUACACAAAGAUGGAGAGAACCUCUGGCCCUCCAGAAUCAGUGAGACCACAGCUGCAUUCACACGUGGGGUUUACUGCGUUAGUUCAACUGAUUGUAAGGCUAGCGCUUCGGCCCCACUUUCUAACAUUCUUUUCACAGUGUGUACGCCUGUUUCACCACUUCACCACCACCAUGUUGCGGUGAACGUCAUUGACACAUGUCAUUUCUCUAUGCUGUCCUUCUCCCUCUAAGUUCUGCCAUUCUUCAAGGAUAUGCCUUUUGGGCAUGACUUUCUGUGCUGAAAUAACAAGGCACGUUCAUGUUAGGCCUAAAACAAACAAACCCCAAAGCGUGGACAGGGAGCACUGUGCAUGCUGCCUCACGACUGGUCACAUGAGCCACUGGAGUGUGAACCUGUGGAAAAGGCGGGAAGAUUGUCAUGCAGAACUCCCACAAUUUUCUGGGUCGAGGGGCCUGCAAACUGAUUUAUUUUUUCUGGGGAUGAUGGGGAUUGUGGUGCAACAACACCUGGGAGGCCACAAGUUCCCCAUUCCUGCCAUGCCAGACACUUUCCCCUGGAAUCGAGUAUCACCAGAUCAACAGCCUCCUGGAUCUUGAGGUUCUGUUUGACGUUUGUGUCUCACAGCAGAGGUUUGGAAUUGCAGGCACAUAGCUUAGGGGUGGAGAACCUGUGGUCCUCCAGAUAAAAUUAGACUCCAAACCCUAUCAAUCACAGCCAGCAUGGCCAGUGCUCAGGGAUGAUGGGAGUUGUAGUCCAGCAACUUCUGCAGGGGCACGGAUUCCUACCUAUGGCCUAAACUAUAUGGGGAAGUGUUGGCGUGGGUGGCGAAGAACAGAAUGUGGGGAUGCAGAUUUUGAUGUCAGACACACAUCAAGUGACUUUGAAGAAAGGGAACUUCCUCCAAAGGCUUUUGCGCACAUCCCUCUCUGGCCAGGAAGGUUUUCCUUUUGUGAUUUAUGCCGUGGGGAAUCUUUUUCUUCUUUCUGCUGUUUCAUUGACCCAAACUGCAUGAUGGUUUUCUUUGGGUGGGAGAUAGGAGUAAAAGGUUAAAAACCCAGCUCGUUAAAAUUUGAGUUGUGUGCAAUGAAGCUGAGCUAGACUGAUUUUCUCUCUCUCUCCUCCUCCUCCUUUUUCCUCUUCUGGAAAGUGUUUUUUGAGAUUGCAGAUGAGAAGUCCGUCAACUCGCUUUAUGAAAACAUGAGCAAGAUCAAAGCUGCAACGCAGAUCAUCUGGGGAAAGCAAGAUCAGGUGCCUCAGCCAAUUUGUUUCUGCUUCCUUCUCCUCUUCUCUCCUUAGUGCAACAUGUAAAGAUAAAUUAGAACAGCAGAGUAACCAAUAGGGAGAGCAGGCAGAUAAUGACGGCAACUUAAAGAUUAGCAAACGUGCUAUAUGGUGUAAGACCAAACCCCACCUCAUCAGAUUGGGAAAGCUGCCUUUGCACCUGUCUUCUGCUGCUCAUUUUCCUUCUAUGUAAUGUGUGAGAACGAAAGAUCUCUGCCUGCUCAAGUGGACUUUUGUCUUGAUUAAAUGUAGUGGGAGAUGAGGGGAUGAUAUUGGAUAAGAGAAUUGCACAUAGAGGCAGAGGAGAAUUUUGUUGGUCCACAUUUUUAAAGAGACGGACGUAACUUGUGCCUUGUGCAGAUCAGAACACCAUUAUUCUUCAGAUUUCCCCCUUCUAAAAAAACUUAAUGAAAUGUGUAAAAAUAAAAAUGCAUUUUUGGGUGAAAUACAUUUAGAAUUGCAUACGCUGAAGUAAAAUAUGUAUUUAAACAGUAAAAUACAUAUUUAAAUACAAGUUUUAUAUAGUUAAAAAUAAUAAUCAUGGGACAGAACUCGCUUUUUAAUGAAUGCGCGCAUUCAAACUGCACUUGUUCCUCUAACGGAACUACAAUUCCCAGCACCAUUAACUGACUAUAGUUCCCAGGAUUCUUUGGGUUGUAUGUUUGUGUGCUAUAAAAAUAUGGAGCGUACACAGACUCAAGGUGCAAAUCGACUGAUCUGCCCAUUCCUUCUCCAUUGGACACGCCAAACUCUUACAUGUGCUCAAAGAUUUCCCCAUUCAUUUCGGCAGAGGUAGCAGACCCGUGCGCAUAUUCCUGUGUAUACAAAUUUGCUGGCUCCAUUGAAUUGAAUGGGAAUGUUGUGCUCCCACACCUGUACAAAACGGUUGGAUGGGGGAUGAGUGAGGGUUGUAUGAUAAUUUUUUUUUAAAAAAGGUUGCGCCGAAUACCAAUUCACCCCGAGUUCCAAAUGUGUUUUGAGAAAAGGUACCAUUAGCACAAGAUCUGUAAGUUAGCGAGAGAGACGUUGCCAUGACAACUAAAAAGGGGAACUGUUCUAUGAUUUGCUGGCACAGUUAAGAAGAAAGCUGAAAAAUGUUAACUAGGGAAGGAAAUGAGGGGAAUGUGAAGAAAUUAUCAGUGAGUAGGAGGAGGAAAUGAUUGUGUAUGGAGGAGCGCUGGUGCGGGGGGGGGAUGGGGACGGAGGGCAAAGCUGAAUGUAAGCAAGGCUGAUUUGGAUGAGCAGGUACAGAAAUUGGUUUGGGGGCUAAGAAUAUGUAGUGUUCAGAGAGCCUCCAACAAUCGUAUCCUAUUUCCUGCUGGUAGUUGAUCUCUUUCUCUUCUCCCCAAGCAUGCCUGUCCCUAGUUGCUGAGCAACUGCAGCAAUGCUGGAGCGGGUACAAAUCAGCCCUGCAAGCUGAGAUAUUUUUGGUCCACAAGAGUUGACCAUGAUGAGCUGCUUCAAAUGUCAAGAAGUUCCAACACUGACAGCCGUUCUCAUGAGACCGAUAGGCAGUUUUAACAUUUGUCCAUGACGCUCUGUGUGUUUGUUCGUGGGGAAACGGUAGCUCACUGUGGUUUCUGUGUAUGCUCAUGUGCUUAUGCCACACACACAGAAUGAAACAGCGUGAUUGUUGAAUGGGGCACUCCUUAGCUACAGAUCUGCAGGCAAGGAGGAAAUCUGUGGGGAACUGAGGGCAGGGCAGAGGUCUUGGGAGAUAGAGAUGGAGCAGGAGACAGAUCUGUGUGAGAUUUCUUACGGCAUGAAGUCUUCCUGUGGUUUGGCACCAUAGAAAUGAACUGUCAUCAGGAAGAAACGAAUGUGGGUUGAUGCAAAUCUGGGGGAUACACCAAUACAGUGUUUGGGUUAUAUAUUAAAUUCAGGUUUAGUGCUCAGCUGUCGAGAGUGUGAGUGUGUGUCUUCUUUGUUUUUGCAUCCCCAUUAUCGUUGGUUUCCUCCUUCAGUUUGGUGGAGUGUUGCUGUUUACAUAUGGGCCAAACUAACCGUGGCACAACUGGAUCAGUUAGCAGUUGUGUGAAUGCAAGAGUGAAUGGUAAGAGUGUGGGGGCCCUGAUCAGAACCUGGGGUGCAGCUUUGACACCUCCUCUGCGAUCCAAAUAAAGAUCACCCCCCCCAAAAAAAUACCCCACAAGCCCUUGCUAUUUGUAUUGGGCGUUCCAUUAGAGCCAACUUUGUUUAAACAUCAGUCUUAAUUUAAAACAAAAACAAAACGUGCCAUCCUCAAGAGGCACAUUAUAUCACAAUGCUAGCCUAUGGAAUGCUUCUUCUGACAGUUUUUCUGAUCCAGGCCAAGGAACUGAGCAAAAGGUUGCCCUCUGCUUCCCCUUUGGCAUGUUUCCACGGUCUUUUGACAAGCAUGUCGUCCACAUGAGUGACACCAGUUCCUCUUUAGUUGAAUCCUUUUUCUCCUCGUCUAGGUCCUAGAUGUUUCAGGAGCGGACAUCCUAGCAAAAUCGAUUCCUGGCUGUCAGGUACACAUUCUGGAAAACUGUGGACACUCGGUAGUCGUGGAACGGCCCAGGAAGACGGCAAAGCUCCUCCUGGAGUUUUUAGCUACGGUGCAGAAUAUGGAUCACAAUAAGAAGCUGGCUUGAACCGCCCACUGUCAAGUUGAACCCUUAAGCUAGAUGUUUCAGUUAUUAUGAAAUACUGCUGAUUUGAUCAAUUCUCAGGGGUCUCAUACAGAACUUGGUGACUGUGCCAAAAUCCCUGAAGAAACCAGAUUAAUUGAUAUAUUUAAUUUGUAGGACCGUCAGUGAGGUGGCUCAUGGGAUACUGAGUCCAAUAAAGUCCAAUAAAGUUUACAUUAUCCAGAUAUUUUGGGUGUAGUAAAAGAGCCAUCAGAGUUAUGACUCUAAUUUUUCCGUUCAGGCACUUUCCGUCUAUUUUUUAAUAACGUUUCCCACUCCUUUCUAUCCAAGUUGGGCUAGAUAACAUGCAUGCUAGCUAGACAGAGUUGGGAGAGCCUCUGACCUAUUAUCUUACCUUGCCAGAAAUGUACCCAUUUCUUAGACUGUCUUUGGUAAUUUUUCAUUGAAUUGUAAAUCUAGUAACAUGAGAAGAAUCUGGAAUAAGGACAGAUCUUUCAGAUUCUUUCUGACUUUAGUGAAUUUCUUUGCGAAGUUCCUGAAUUAUCCGGAAAGUAUGUACCCUGCAUAUCCAUUGGCCUUUACCUUUAGCAUCCAUGUAAUAUAAUUAUUUAUAUAUUAACUAGACUAUGACCUCAGUUCAGAAAAUUCUAUAUCACAGAAUGUACUGGCCACUCCUAGGUUUAUGCAGCUGUGUUAUGUGAUCUAGCAUAAUAUCUGGCUAAUUGGAAUGUAGAUGCCAAUGACAUUCAUCUUGAAACAUAUAGGAAAAAUCAGUAAGGAGCAAAACUUCAUAGACUGAGAGCGAAGGGAUGUUCCUGCCUCUUAGUAUAUAUGGCCUUGCAUGAUAAACAAUUGUUACAAAUGAUUCUUAGGAUCCAGGUGGUUGCUAAAGUGCUGUUUAUGUUGCUCAUCAAUUUAUGAUUUCAGCAGAGAAGGAAGGCAAUGCAUAAAAUUUUAAGGGCACGGAAGUUUUGGAGAAUCUGCAACUCUGCAAUGUUUACACUGAUUUAUUAUGGAUGAGUUUUUGUAUCCCUCAAGAGCUCUGUUUCUUACGUAUGUACUGCCUUAAUAGUCGGUAAUGCUGAAAUAAUUGGUAUAAUCUGAUUUGAAUCAGGAAAGGUUUUUUUAUGGUUGUAGUAUUCAAACAAUUUUGGGGUAACUGGUUUCGGGAUUCAGACUCAAGGGGGAAAUUCACUGACUAUGUACUAAACAAACACACACACAGAGCUUAGGUCUACUGAAAUCAACAGGACUGUUCCUGAUUGAAGCGGUUAGCAUAUUCCCUGUGAAAAGUGAUCUUUCUGUGCAGUUAAUAAACCAAGCGGAGCCAUUUCUGGAGCCAUUUUUUUCCAUCUAGAUGGGACUUUCUCCAAGCAAUAAUGCUGUAUGUAGAUAGAUGCACAAGUGAUCCAAUUCAGGUUAAAGUUGGGAUGAGCUGUUUUCUCAGCUCUUUUCUUAAUUGUUUGUUCUGCUGAGUUAUUUUGAUGUAAAUAAUUGAGUUUCUUAAUGAAUUCUGUGAAUUCUGUGAAUGGUAAUGCCUUGGCUGGGAGGGGAGGGGGGGAAUGUCUACAUGUAAAAAUAAAAUCUAAUUAGGGUACUCUAAAGUGAAUUCUUUAUCAGAUGCAUUUUCAAGUUUAUUGGACCAGAGCUUAGAAAAUAUGAUCAGCCUUCCUUCUUCUAGGUAUUUGUACUCAUUUGCAGUUUCAGCUCUUUAGCUGAGUGAAGUUUCUGAACCAGGUUUGUUUCAUCUUCUUAUUUGUGAUGCUCCUUUUUAAAAAACCCAAACCAAACCAAAACAAAAAAACCACACACAUUAAUGAGGUUUCUGAAAAUCUCCCAUACUGAGAAACACACAGCAAACAUCAUUGUCGAGUCUACAGUAGCUAUAAUUUACAGUGAGUGGUAUGGGUACUUAGGCAGUAGUGUAGUGGUUGGGAACCUGUGGCUCCCCAACAGUUGUUGGACUCCAGUUCCCAUCAGCCCCAAUUGGCAUGGCCAACAGCCAGGGAUGAUGGGAGUUGCAGUUCUGUAUCAUCUGGAAGGCCACAGUUUCCCCAUCCCUGCUUGUAGCCUAUUGUACGCUUACUCCAGAGUAUCCCUAAUAAGUCAGUGGAUCCGUUCCAAAGUAUGCUGAUUACAUAUUGCAACUUCAGAAUAAUUUUGUAGGCACACUUUGGUUCUCAGCGUUCCUUCUGCUUUUCUGUGGGGCUGCUGAGUUCAUGGGACCAUAAUGUAGUUGUAUGGCUACUCCAUUUCUUCCCCAGUUGAAAGUGCUAAAGGUUUGGUUUCUUCUAAUUUGUAAGUAUUUGUGUAUUUUAAACUUGCGUUUAUGACUGCCGUAGUACCUUUUGAAACGUGAUACAUAGCAUCCCUGUGUUUGAGCCAUUGCUGGUCUAUCUCUUGCACAGGUGGGGAAAGGAAACUUUCCACCUUUUUAUUCGAGGGGAUCGGGAAAAUGUGUGCUUUUAUCCAGUAAUUGCUUGAUCAACAUUGCUGCGACUGAUGGAAAUAAAAACAAAGGGUGGUAUCCAACUAAGACAUACUUAGAGCAGACUUGCUGGAAUUAAUGGACAUGACUAACUUAAGUACAUGGAUUUCAGUCAGUCUGCUCUGAGUAGGACUUGGUCAUCUACCACUCAAAGAGACUGGCAUCUUAAUGCCUACAAAAACCAGAGGAGUUAGAAUUUUAUUUUAUUUUGGUAUGGCUUUCAGAAGUCAGUGUCAUGUCGGCAAAAGGACUUAAUUAAAAUGUAAACUGAAAGAAAA